AUGCCGAUCGACACGAAGCGCAAAGCUGAAAACGACGAGCCGAGGUCCGACGGCUCCGACUACGACAGCGAUGGCUCGGAAGAGCCCGAUUUUAUCAAUGUCGACUUUGACUUCCGUGCGCCGGAAGAGAUCGAUUUUCAGGCGCUCAAGCGGCUUUUUCAACAGCUCUUCUACACGCACAACACCAAGCUCGACCUGUCCUCGCUAGCCGAUCACAUCGUCAAGACCUCCACAACCCAAGGCGUGGGCACCACCAUCAAGAUUGUCGACGACGACGACCAGGAUCCGUACGCCUUUGUUUCGGCCAUCACUCUUUCUAGCGACAAGAAGGAGGGUUCCGAAGCGGCAAACAGUCUCACAAAGUAUCUGUUGGAAGCAGCAAACAAGCCGUCAACUAAAUCAGUCCACGAUGUGAUCAACAGCGCUGCCUCCAGCACCUCGACCAGCGCGCCGGUCAUCGCAGUGUUGCACGAACGCAUGGUCAACAUGCCUCCUCAAGUCGCACCACCUCUAUACAAGAUGCUGCUCGAGGAAGUGCGUGCUUCCCUCUCGUCCACAUCGGCAACACAACCCUCUCACUACCUCUUCUUCUCGCGUGUCUUUUCCGCCGACGCUUUCUCGGACGACGAGGCAAUGGACGAAGAUGACGACGACGAGCCCUCGGGUCUCGCAGGUGCGCGUAAGAGAAGAGCCAAGCUGGCACGUCGCGAAGCCAAAAAGGCCGGUGCAAAGAAGGAUGCACCCAAGGCACGCACCAUCUCGGACGGCAUGGCUUUGAGCGGCGCCGGCUCGUCGGAUGAGGAGCUCGGCCUGUUCCACCCGGAAGACAUUGCCAUCUCUAGACUUGCCUCUCACUCGCUCACUUACCGCUUCCCCCCACCGCCAGAUGCCUCCGAUAGCUUCGAGGCUCCCCUCUUUGGUCGAGUGGCGCUCGUACCGGCGGAAAAGAUGGACGCACUGUUGCAACAGAUUGAGGCCGAUUUGUCCAUGCCUGUACCACAGUAG